AAUUAAGUAAUUAACCAUCAUCAUCAUACUCACAUCAGCACAAAGAGAUCAUUCAGUUAUCAGAUCUUAAACAGCUACACACCCAUUGUUGCAGUUGAUCUAUCUCAGAUCUCAACCGGAUUCAACUUUAUUCACCUUCGUGCUGCCCUAAUCUGGAUCUGAUCGAGUUCUCUCGUGGUUCCCAAACGGUCCUGAUCAUGAAUCCUUUUUCGUCUGGAACUCGGCUAAGGGACAUGAUUCGGGCUAUACGUGCCUGUAAAACAGCAGCAGAGGAACGUGCAGUUGUUAGAAAAGAGUGUGCUUCUAUUCGCGCAGCAGUUAGUGAUAAUGAAAAUGAUUAUAGACACCGUAAUUUGGCAAAGCUUAUGUUUAUUCACAUGUUAGGAUAUCCCACACAUUUUGGUCAAAUGGAAUGCCUCAAGUUAAUUGCAGCUCCUGGAUUUCCAGAGAAGAGAAUAGGAUAUCUUGGACUUAUGUUGCUUCUUGAUGAAAGACAAGAAGUUUUAAUGCUAGUCACCAAUUCUUUAAAGCAAGAUCUUAACCAUACCAACCAGUAUAUUGUGGGACUUGCUCUCUGUGCUUUGGGCAACAUAUCUUCUGCUGAAAUGGCCCGUGAUCUUGCACCUGAAGUCGAAAGACUGCUGCAAUUUCGAGAUCCAAAUGUCCGGAAAAAAGCAGCAUUAUGCUCUAUAAGGAUAAUAAAAAAGGUCCCUGAUCUUGCAGAGAAUUUCGUAAACCCUGUUGCUUCCUUGCUCAAAGAAAAGCAUCAUGGAGUUCUUUUAACUGCAAUCCAGCUUUGUGCAGAUUUGUGCAUGAUCAGUGAGGAGGCCCUUGAAUAUUUUAGGAAGAAAUGCACAGAGGGACUGGUAAAAGUUCUGAAGGAUGCAGUGAACAGUCCAUAUGCUCCUGAAUAUGACAUUUCUGGAAUUUCAGAUCCUUUUCUGCAAAUAAGAUUGUUGCGUAUUUUACGCAUCUUAGGCCAUGGAGAUGCCGAUGCUAGCGAUUUGAUGAAUGAUAUCCUUGCUCAGGUGGCAACAAAAACCGAAUCCAAUAAGAACGCAGGAAAUGCCAUCCUUUAUGAAUGCGUCGAAACUAUUAUGAGUAUUGAAGAUAGUGGUGGCUUGCGUGUUCUUGCAAUCAAUAUAUUGGGGCGGUUCUUGUCAAACCGUGACAACAAUAUCAGAUAUGUUGCGUUGAACAUGCUGAUGAAAGCAAUAUCAAUAGAUGGUCAAGCCGUGCAGAGACAUCGUGCAACAAUCUUAGAAUGCGUUAAGGAUUCAGAUGCUUCAAUUCGUAAAAGAGCCCUUGAACUUGUGUCUCUUCUGGUCAAUGAGAGCAAUGUAAAGCCUUUGACCAAGGAGUUAAUUGACUAUCUAGAAGUAAGUGAUAAUGACUUCAAGGGAGAUCUUACUGUCAAAAUUUGCUCCAUUGUGGAAAAGCUUUCCCCAGAGAAAAUUUGGUACAUUGAUCAGAUGCUCAAGGUUCUUUGUGAGGCUGGAAACUAUGUAAAAGAUGAAGUUUGGCAUGCUCUAAUUGUUGUAAUAACCAAUGCAUCUAACCUCCAUGGAUAUACAGUUAGGGCACUCUACAGAGCAAUCCAAACAUCAGGUGAUCAGGAAGCAGUUGUUAGGGUUGCAAUAUGGUGCAUAGGAGAAUACGGUGACUUGUUGGUAAACAAUAUAGGAAUGCUUGAUCUUGAGGAACCUAUGACUGUAACUGAGAACGAUGUAGUGGAUGCUAUAGAGGUUGCUAGUAAACGCCAUGCAUCUGAUCUUACCACUAGGUCAAUGUGUUUGGUUGCUUUGUUGAAGCUGUCUUCACGUUUCCCUUCUUGUUCACAGAGAAUAAAAGACAUUGUCACUCAAUUUAAAGGAAGUCAUCUGCUUGAACUGCAGCAGAGAUCACUUGAGUUUGAUUCCAUAAUUGAAAAGCACCAAAAUUUAAGGUCUGCACUGGUUGAAAGGAUGCCUGUUCUUGAUGAAGCCACCUACAGUGGAAGGAGGGCUGGUUCUCUGCCAGCUGUCGCUUCCACCUCACAAGGCAAUCCACUUCAGCUUCCAAACGGUGUUCCCAAAACCGUUGAUGCCCCUUUAUUAGACUUGCUUGAUUUAAGUGCGGAUGAACCUGCGCCACCCACCUCUUCAAGUGCAAAUUUCCUUCAGGACCUCCUUGGUGAUGAUAUAUUGUCAUCUUCAUCACAAUCAGGUAGAAUACAGACACAAAAAAGUGGGACCGAUGUUCUGCUGGAUCUUUUGUCAACUGGGUCACCCCCUGCUCAAAACGGGUCAUUUACAGCUGAUAUAUUAUCCAUAAGUGAAGAUAAUAAUAAUAAAACCACAGUCAAUGCUUUAAAUGGGCUUUCAUCACCUGUGGUAACAUCGGCACAAAGAUCACAUACAUCACCUGUUAUGGAUCUGUUAGAUGGAUUCGGUCCUAACCCUACAUUGCCUAAAGACAACGGUCCUACUUUUCCGCCAUUAGUUGCAUUUGAGAACAGUUCAUUAAGCCUAAUUUUCAAAUUCUCUAAGCAACCCGGAAGCCCGCAAAUAACCCAAAUCGAGGCCAGUUUUACAAAUAAGUCCUCCGAGGUGUAUACAGAUUUCAUCUUCCAGGCAGCAGUACCAAAGUUUCUUCAGUUACAUUUAGAGCCUGCUAGCAGUAAUACGCUUCCUGGAAAUGGCAACGGGUCAAUAACACAGAAAUUACGGGUUACCAACAAUCAACAUGGCAAGAAAUCGCUUGUCAUGCGCAUUCGCAUAAGCUACAAGUUGAAUAACAAAGAUAUGUUGGAGGAAGGGCAAAUAAGUAAUUUUCCGCGCGAUUUGUGAAGACUGUGCAUCAGCUGGUAGCAUUUAGUGCAAUUUUUGGUUCAGUACUAUUAUUGUUGUUUUCCCUUUUUCAUAUAUUUGGAGUUCUAGGCUAUAGCGGGUUUGGAGUAUCGAGUUGAGAACAUGAGCUUUGAUCGCGCUGUUCACUUUCGAAAAGGGAUUUUGUAUAUUAUUGACAAAUAUGUUCUUGUAUGCAGUUUGUGAGAAUCAAAUUUUGCCAUCAUAGGCAUUGAUUGUUCAUUGAAUACUACACUUGUGUAGUGAUUUGUAUUGCAUCAAAAUGCAAUUGAAUUUAAUGUUGUCAUUA